CUGGACAUCGACACCGAGUUCCAGGCCGUGCGGCAGCAGGAGAAGGAGGACAUCAAAGUGCUCAACAACCAGUUCGUGACCCUCAUCGAGAAGGUCCAGAGCUUGGAGCAGCAGAACAAGAUCCUGACAACCAGGUGGAACUUCCUGAAGGACCAGGACAAUUCCCACUCUGACUCGGACAUCAAGGCCAUCUAUGAGCAGUAUGUGAGCAAAAUGAACCAGGAGAUGAAGGCGCUCAACUUCGAGCAGGAGAACCUGGAGUCGGAGCUGGCGAAGGUGCUGAGCACCAUGGAUGCCUUCCGGAGCAAGUACGAGGAUGAAAUUCGCCUCUGCAGCGGGAUGGAAUUCACCUUCAUGGAGCUCAAAAAGGAUUUGGAUGUGAGCACCUUGCACCGCACGGAGCUGGAGGUGAAGCUCAAAGGGCUCCAGGAGCUGCUGGAGCUGAAGAAAACCAUCUAUGAGCAGGAGCUGGAGGAGCUGCUGACGGAAAUCAAGGACAUCUCCGUGGUGCUGGGGAUCGACAGCUGCUCCCGGCCGGACCUGGGCAGGAUCGUGGAGGACGUCAGGGCCCAGUACGAGGCUCUGGCCCUGCGCAGCUGGGAGGAGGCCGAGGCACUCACCCGGAGGAAGCUCACCGACAGCAGCUCCCAGCCCGGCUCCUUCGGGGGGCACCUCCUGGACAGCCGGAGGGAAAUCGCGGAUCUGAACAUCCGCAUCCAGAAACUGCGCUCCUGCAUCGUGUCCCAGAAGAGCCAGUGCCUGUACCUGGAGGAGCACAUCCGCGAGGCUGGCGAGCAGGGCGAGGGGACCCUGAGGGACGCCAAGGCCAAGGUGGCCGGGCUGGAGGAGGCCCUGCAGCGCAGCAGGGAGCACAUGGCUCACCUGGUCCGCGAGUACCAGGAGCUCAUGAACAUCAAACUGGCCCUGGACGUGGAGAUCCUCACCUACAGGAAGCUCGUGGAAGGGGAGGAGAACAG